AUGAACCUACUGGCACUGCCAGCACCUUACUACACUGGUACCAGUGACUUGUACCCCCACAGUGGAAAACUACCUGAAGUCACCUACAGGACACCGUGGAUCAGAGGAAAGGUGAUCUCCACCUGCAAAUUCUUUGUCAGUGGUUCUGUGCUUGAAGACCUGGGCCAGAAACAAGAAGUUAUUCCACCAGAAAGAUUUACAGUGACUCUGAGUGAGGUGAAGGUGGACAUGAUCCCCAGCUCUAAUCCUGACUCACUGAAGGAUCUAGACCAGGAUGAGUACAUCUGCCUUUUAAAAGAGUCACAGAUAAAUAAUCCAUGUCAGGAAUCAUUUUUCAAGUGGACGACUGACCAGAUGAAACAUGAAAAUGAGGACAAAGAUCUCUCCCUGCCAGAGGAGCUCAUGGCUGUUGAUUACCUGCCACACUUUAAGAGGCAUUUACCCACACUGAAAGCCAAACUGUCCCGUCUGAGGACGCUUCCUGUGGCUGACCCUCUGCUGAGCUCAACAGGAGAUGUUAUCACUGAAGACGGCAUAUUCAGGUACUACGUGUCUUAUGAAAAACCUCCUGAUGUGUGCACCAGCGACAUUCAAUCAAGUUCACACAUUCACGAGGAGUUUGGUAAAGAGUCACUGAUGAAAGACGAGUAUCUGUUGUUGCCGGUUGCCAUGGACACGCUGAGUCUGAGCCAAGCAAACUGCUCCGCCUUAUCAAACAUCUGUACUCACAUGGAUGUUGCUCCUGAACAGCUUGAUGAGGAGCCUCCAGUCCUGGAUGUGCUUCAUAAAGCUUCACAUGUGUCAGUGUCAGUGGACAUUUCCCAUUAUGAAGCACCAGAGGAGGCCAGUAAAGAACGCAGCAUGGAUGGAGGCCUGAUGGAGUCAGAGCUGGCAGGACGACUGACGCUUCUGACUGAAAUGGAGCUGGACGUGAGUUUGACUCCGACUCCCAAGAUAAGUCAAACGCAAAUCUGUGUGUCUACAUGUGACCUCCAGGAAGAAGAGAUGUCAGAGCUCUGCAGACAAUCUUUGGUGUCGGCCAAAGCUCAGGAAGAGAUGGAGGCAGCACUUUGGAUGGCGGAGAAGCAUCCAAACUUUGUGGUGGGCUUUCUGUUGGCAGAGCCACAUAUAUAUGAAGCAGCUGUCAACUUCCAGCCACUGUCUGAAGCCUGUAAAGUCAUGAAGUCGGAGGAUCAAAGCUUCGUCUGCAGUGGUGACAAACUGCAGUUACAGGUGGAGACAGGAGCUCCACAGGUGUACUUGUGCAGCAGCCUUGAGUUCACAGAGAGCCUGAGGUGCGAGUCUCCUUCAACCAACAAGGAAAAGAUGGAGGAUUUCAAAAAACUGUCACUUGAACAUGUGGAGAUCCCACUCAGAUCCAUCCUGAAGAACCCCACAAACAAAACUCAGUUACCUCUCUUGAAGAAAUAUGAAAUUGCUGCUUUUCAUGCUGAAGCUCUCGCAGACGACGCCCAUCUUCAAAAAGAAACAGCUGCUGUUAUGUCUCAGAACGCCUUCCUGAUGCACACCAUCAACACAGACAAUAAGGAAGUAAAAUCUACACCCAACAUCAGAGAUCAAGUUUCAGACAAGAGGUUUUCAGAAGUUGCAGCCAUGUUUUCUGCUCGCAAGAACGGCCUCAACACAGGUAGAGAUGACUACAAGGUGGAGCAGAGAGCGGCGUCCCUCAGAGACUAUCCCAGAGGUCCACUGGUUAAGAGACAUCCACCAGAGAAGGACUUGGAUCCUCUGUCCACCUUCAUGUUACUGAGAUCUCAACAGACUGCUCCAGUCACCGCAACACUUCAGAGCUCAACUCCAGAACCAAACGUGGACCAACAAACGCCUCCAUCCCAGCAUCAUCAGCCUCCUCCAGAGAAGAUGCAAAGAUCAGAUCAGAGGCCAAAAUAUAUAAGCAGUGCUGUGUCUGGAAAUGCUACCAGAGAGCAGAAAGCAGCUUUUCAGUCGACGGGUCAACCUGUCUGUCAGUCCAUCCCUCAGGACAGCAGAGUCGUACAGGUCCAAGCUACUGACAGCCAGCAGCGCGCCCACUGUGAGCUACUGGCCUUCACUCAGCCUCGUUUAAACUCUGCCAGACAGCUGGGGCUCAACUUCCCGGCAUGGGGAGACUUCAGCUGCCUGGCCCCGGACCAAACACACUUCCUCCUCAAACAGCAGGAGAAGGCACUCUGCAGGACACAGAGCGAAGAGCUGGUCAGAGAUCAGGAGCUGCUUUUCAACCAGGCCGCUCUGAUUCACGUGUUGGUGACAUUCAAGGAGCUGCUGCUGAAGUGUGACCUCAGCACUGCUUUGGACUACCUGACUAAAGCAGCUGAGGCGUGUGCAGAGCAAAGUCUGAAGCAGCUGGUGAAAAGGAUGCAGAUCAUCUUCCACCUCAGUCAAAAGAACCAGGAGUCCAACUUCAAACUGCAGGAGCUGCUGCAGCUGCUGGCUGUAUGGCUGCACAGCAGGACAGGACAGAGCACUGUGGAGAAAAUUCUUGUCAUAAUAUCAGUGGACUCUGAUGACAUCAGCUCUUUAAUCAUCAGCAGCUUGAGCCAAGUGACUGGUGCUGCUGUUACUGCGAUUUGUCCUGAGGAGGACAAGAGAAAACUGAAUGGUGCCAGUGUGGUCAGCAGCGUGUGCGACAGUGUGUGUGUGGUGGUGUACGAGCAGCACAUAGGGCCCGACUUCCCCUGGAGCUGUUUCUCUUUGGUGGUGGAGUACAACCAUCCAGGCCAGUCACCGUGGGCCACCAUCUGCCUAGAGAGGAGUAUAAAUCAUCUCACCUUCAACACCAUCAUCACUCACACUGGUCAGCUGCCACCAAAUACACAUUACUCACACAGUUGUUCAGUUAUGUGUUGUUUGAAUUUUUUUUUUUCUGUUAAUGUGUUUUUCUCAAAAGAGGAGGAAAAAGCUUUGUGGUGCCUGGAGGACAAUGUUCCAAAUGUGUUGUUUGUGACAGAGGGACUUCUCAACUGUCCACUGCUGCUACAGACACUCGAGUCAGGGUUUAAUAUAACUGUGCUGGAGAGGAGCCACCGUCCAUCCCUGCAGAUGCUUGGAGGGACCAAUCACUACGCUGUGAUCACAGUGGACGAAAGCACCGCUAUCCUCAUUCAGGAGGAGGAUGAGCUGUGUCAGGAGCGAGCCAGUGAGAGAGUAGUGAUGAGGCUGACUGCUCUCUCGCUGCAAUAUAACUGCUGCUGGCUCAUCCUGCACUGCAGAGACAGCCAGGAAGGAGGAUUUACCAGCGAAGCUUUCAGCAACUUGGUGUUGAUUUAUUCGUCUCUGGUGCUGUUCGGCAUGAAGUCAGAGGAUCUAGACGUCAAGGUGCUGAUUGUGUCUGAGGUGAUGGAAAUAGCCAAAUGGAUCAGCCAGAUCUGCUUCCACAGCCUGAUGGCCAGUGAGAAGGAUCCUCUCAGCUACCUGGACAGAGAUUGGCUGACUGUGAUUCCCUCAGAGGAGGAAAAGUGUCUGCUGAAGUUCCCAUGCAUUAACCCCCUGGUUGGUCAGCGCAUGCUGAGGAGAGCACCAUCCAUCCAGUGGCUUCUGGGGGCCUCUCUGUCUCAGCUGACGGAGCAGCUCCCUGAGGUGCCACAUAAAGUCCUCAAGCUGUUCAGUGACACCACGUCCCUGUACACACUGACCACAGACCAGCCAGAGUCUCAGACCAUCAUCACUGAGACACACCAACAAACCAGUCACCCAAACAGCCCCUGGGUCACCUGGGACCCCGAGCACUUGAACCCACAACCAGAACUGUUCAUCAGCCCUCAUCCUGAACUAUUCUGUGGUGACCAAAACACCAGCUUCCUGUUUGGAGCUGACUGCAGCUUUUGUGAACCAGGCCCAGACUCAAUGGUGCAGGAGGGCAACACAGAUUUCAGACUCGACCUGAGUUCUUCCUUUGGCAGCCCAGAGGUUCACCUCCAGAGGAGCUGGACCAGCAGUGAUCCGUGGAAAGAGGAGGACAGAGGCACAGGGGAGGUGAAGUUUUCUGGCUGGGGAGGCAGAGCUGGAGCAGCAGGGAGAGUUGUUGGAAGAGUAAACGAUGAGUGGACACCGAGGGCUACAAACAAACAAACACACUCGUACAUGCCUGGAGUCCUGCUCAACAGUCCUUUCAAGCUGGACUCAACAUUCAGUUACAGCCCGAUCCUGCAGCAGCCAACCAACAGUCAAAUGUCCACAUACGCUACAGUCUACAGCGACCCCCAGCAUCCAGACAGCCACCAUGUUUCCCACGGUCUGAGCCCCCCUACAGAGGUCAUGCUGUGGGGUCAAGGUCAAAGCAGCAACAACAGUCUCACCAACAGUGGAGAGACAACAAAGGUUUCAGCCAUCUAUGGAUCCAAAUGCUGGAUCGGACAAGAGAGGAAGAGGAGGGGCGAGGCUGCAGGUUUGGUGGGAACAGUGUUGACGCCACUGAAGAGGGGGAGAUUAAGCUAUGAAAAAGUGCCCGGCAGAACUGAUGGACAGACGAGGCUGAAAUUAUUUUAGGCAUGAGUGGUUUGUUCCUGUGGCUUGUUUGUAAAGACAAGAAUGAUUUGUUGAGUUAAAGUUAUUUAUUGCAUAAUUCAACUUCUGCUUCUGAAUUUUUAUCCUGAUGAAUUAAUGUAUGUUUGCCACGUUAAUCUGCUAAAAGGUUUCUAUUUUAGGUUAAUUUU